AUGGGUACGACACGGGUGCAUAGCUUGCUGCUUCUGGGUUCUUUGCUUACCCCUUUUGAAGCCCUGCUUACAUCUACAGGAGGGUUCCCCCGCACUUCCAUCCGCUCGACGUGGGCAUCGUCAUGCCCGCCCCGGACGUGGGCCGCCUCUCCCGAAGAUGUGGGCAGCAAGUCAUGGCAGCAGCAGCAACGGCAGUGCGAAGCGUCCACUCGAGCGGAGGCGAUCGAUUCCGUCUGGAGGUCGGCUCUCACGGCAGGGGGCGGGGCGGCCGUGGGGGCACGAGCGUUGCUAGCUUCUCCGCAGCCGGCCUCCGGCGAAGCGAUAGCGGCAGGUGCGGUGGAGGGAGGGGAGGCGGCGGCGACACCGCGGGUUUCCUCGGCGAUGGAAGGCUUGGAGCGCAUCCCCUGGCGGGAGGAAGGGUACCUGUCGUGGGAGUACGACGGGCACAAGAUCAACUACGUUGACGAGGGGGACAAGAGCAAGCCGGCGUUGGUGCUAAUCCACGGGUUCGGCGCCAGCGUGUACCACUGGCGAUACAACAUCCCCGCCCUCGUCAAGCAAGGGUACCGCGUCUUGGCGCUUGACUUGCUCGGCUUCGGCCUUAGCGACAAGCCCAUCAUCGAGUACUCCGCCGAGACCUGGCGCGAUCAGGUUUGUGCGUUUGUGACGGAGGUGGUGGGGGCGGAUGCGGUGGUGGCGGGGAAUUCCCUGGGAGGAUUUACGGCCUUGGCCGCUGCCUCGCACGCUCCGAACAGCAUUAAGGGCUGUGUGAUGCUCAACGGCGCUGGGAGAUUCCGCGACCGAGAACAGGAAGCUCUCCUCGAAGUUCAGAAGAAUGCCCCCCCUAGACCCCCGUUCUUGCUGGCGUGGGACGAGGCCAUCAAGUACGUGGGCACGUUUGUGCAGCGGGCCAUUACGAGAGCGAGCUUCUACUACACGAAGCAGCCGGCCCGGAUUAAGCAGGUUCUGACACAAGUGUACCCAGACCCUCGCAACGUUGACGACGAGCUGGUGGAGAGCAUCCGCGUGCCCUCUUUGGACCCGAACGCCCCCGAGGUGUUCCAACGCGUUAUUUCUAGGACAGGGGGGCCUGGGCUGACCGUGGAUGAACUCCUCGAAGGUUUCACGUCGCCCCUUCUUUUGUUGUGGGGAGAGCUCGACCCUUGGAUUCGACCCGCGGCGGCCGACAAAAUCCAGGGGCUUUAUCCGGAGGCGACGAGGUUCAGCGUGCAGGCUGGCCACUGUCCUCACGACGAAGCCCCCGAGGUCGUGAACGAUGCCCUCGUCAGCUGGCUCAAAACCAUCGGCUACAAAGCUUGAAAUAGUCGCCAGCACCGAGGGCUUGUUCAUAGGCGGCGCAUGGCGGCAACGGCGUGUCAAAAGCAAACAAACCGAAGAAUGGGCGUCGAACAACUACCUGUAGACAGCGCUUGGCAAAACCCCGACAAUAGACACGGUUGGGUGGGGGCAGCACUGUCCCGCACCGUGCCAAACUACUGGACAUGCCCUCCACGGCGAUUGUGAUGGGAGACAUUUUUUUUUAAUUCAUCGUGUUUGGGAUAGUUCUGUUUUUCAGUCGAUUGUUUCGGAUUGUCGUUGCUGCUGGGCUGCUCUUGAAGCAUGUAAAUAACUGUAGGCGUGUCUCGGGACAGCUCCUAAACAACAAGAAAAGUCCACGGGAAGGGUUCGGCGCAGAUCUUCGGACGAUAAUUAUUGUACACCAUUUUACAGCACGUGCCGUUCACAUGCGCAGCAGCAGCACCGCGUGACAACAAUUCAAUCUUGUUUUUUUAGGUGCUUUUCUUUCUUGAUAUUGGGCACUAUCGUGUGGCGUCCAUGUGUGAAGAUGGCGAGAAAUGAGCUGUAGUUGCCAAUGUUAGCGGUCCUUCGUCAACCGAACCCUAGGUAUGAUGCUGCGCUCUUCGUUGUUAACCGGAACGUAGCAGUCAAGACGCUGGUGCCCGAGCUGAUGGCUGUUCUUCAUGGCUUGACAUGUUUGAGGGAUCGUCAAGUUGUGGUGCGGUGGCUUGCUUGCACGGGUUUCCGUCCUUUUUUUUGUAGUUUUCUAGU